AUGGAGUUAUCGGAGGAACACAAACGUGUCAUAAUUUAUUAUGAGUUUUUGUCCACACAAGACCCGAACGAAAUUUAUCGUCGGAUGGUGGACAGGUUGGGCAAUAAUAGCCCUGCUUACAGUACAAUCACCAAAUGGAUCCGACAUUUCAAACUCGGUGUACGGUCACUCAAAGAUGGCGAAAGAAAAGGUCCGGAAGUUACUAUAUCGACCCCUGAAAAUGCGGCCGCUGUCGAAAAGAUAAUAAGAGCAGAUCCAUGGAUCACAUACCGUGAGUUAGAGGAAAAAUCAGGCAUUCAUCGCACAACACUUCAAAAAAUAUGCACUGAUUUGAUUGGCGUACGGAAGCGUUUAUGUCGGUUUGUUCCUCACUUUCUAUCAGAUGAACAAAAACAACAACGUGUGAACAUUUGCCGAGAAAAUCUAAAGAUGUGGAAGAAUAAGGGACAUGUUUUAAUUGAUAAGAUCACUACAGGUGAUGAAACAUAUGUUCACUAUUAUGAGUAUGAUAUGAGUAUGAAAACAAUGAUAUGA